UGAUCAAAAUCUGUAAACACAAAGUGAGAGUCACGUUUUUGCACAGCUUUUAAGAAAAGCAGUUCACGUCUGUUAUUCAAAAUAUCGAUCACACUGCAUGGGACUCCCAGCAUACAGACAAUGAAUAUUCCUGAAAUAAAUAUUCCAGAUGUUCCGAACAUUGCUGGGGGGAUGCGGGCCAGGUCCGCGACCUUCACCGCCAGACAGAGAUCCAACUCCAGCUACAGCACAGACGGGACUACAGGCAUUCUCCCUGGGUUCAGAAGGCACUCCAUUAGCAUUCCAGUGCUUGUCAUAUCAGAUUCUGACCAUUAUGAUGUGGGCACAUCUUCUGGGCUGAAAUAUGGGAAGUUUGUUGACUGGGAAAAAAUGCCAGCUGUGUCUUCCAAGAGCUGCAUGGAGCCCCUACCCAGUGAUCCGAAGGUACUGAAGAGCAUGGCCAGGGCAGGUUGCUGGUCAAAGAACCACACUGUACGGGCCAAGGCCUACAACCACAUCAUCAGAAGCAUACGUUGCCGAGCAGUCACCCCCGAUGACGCUGUCUACCGGGACAUAUCAGGGAAGCUGUUCGGGCAGAAGAAGGUGAGCACUCAUCCUUUCCCACAAUUCAUGAAAGAAAGCCAGAUCCCCAUGUACUGUCUCAACAAGGGUGGGCUCAACGCGGUCAAGAAGGUCCUCGUCUGCCUUGAGAACCAGUUCCCCGACAUCACAUACUGCCCAGUACUCCCUGCCAUCGUGUCUCUGCUCCUCCAUUACAGUGAAGACGAAGCAGAGUGCUUUCAGAAUGCUUGCAAGCUCAUAGCUUGCAAUGACCCAGACAUGCACUACGUAGACCAAACCUUCCUUGCUUACCAGUCCUCUUGCAUGACUUUUGGGGACUUGGCCAAGAAGUACUGCCACGGCGCCCACAAGCUUAUAGCAACCACGGACCACAAUCGCGUCUCGGUCUACUCGGAGUGGAUGAUGUGGCUCUUCGGUGGCCUCCCUUUUGAGUACGCCACUCGGGUGUUCGAUGUCUACCUUCUGGAAGGCUUCAAAGUGCUCUACCGGGUCGCGCUUGCACUACUCAAGCAGUACAGAGUCUCGGUGACAUCCAGGGAGUCGGAGAUCACUGAUCUUCAGCAGGACAUCCAGAGCUUCGUGGCCAGCAUCGCGCACCACCUGACAGUGGACAAGUUUCUUGAAAAGGCCUUUAGCAUCCGGCUGUUCUCAGGCAAAGAAAUCAGCCUCCUACAGAUAGCCAACAGGAAGGCACUGGCACAGAAGGGCAUCACCCACACCCAAAGGAGGCAGUCUGUGCACAUGGCGAUAGACCUUCAACGCUUCAGCUCUGGCGUUGUGACUGCGCAGGAGAUGCGUAUCAUCUGGUCCUGGAUCCCAGAGAGAUUCGCCCUCUUCCAUCCCACCCUGCUCUUCACCACCAGCGAGCACGGCUACAGCCUGCAGACGUUGUACUCGCGUGUUGAAGGUUAUGAGCCCACGGUGCUUCUGUUCAAGACCCUGGAUGAAGAGGUGUCUGGAGCCUUCCUCUCGUCAGACUGGAGUGAGAGAAAUAAAAAUGGUGGGAAAGACAGCUUUUUUGGGACUGGAGAAUGCUUUGUUUUUACUCUGCGUCCUGAGAUGGAAAGGUAUGAGUGGAUGACAUUGCACCCUGUUGAGUCUGUAUCAGAGGAAGAGUUUCCCAAGGCACGUCUGCGCUCUCGCUCCUUCACACCCUCGGGCUCCCGGCCUGAUACCUCCGCCUCCUCUCUCUCCACCGCAGGGACCAGCCAGGACAGCAGCCUCUUAACUGUGCCCCUCACAGAGCCUCGGCCAGCUCACUUCCGCUCCGUGCCACACCUUCCCACCAAAACAGCCUCCAUGUUCAUGGCCGGAAGCAGAGAUGGGAUCAUCAUAGGGGGCGGUGGAGGGCAGGCUCUGUAUAUUGAUGGGGAUCUGCACCGUGGGAGUACGCAGCACUGUGACACCUUCAAUAACCCCCCUCUCUGCAAGGAGAGCUUCCAAAUUCAGCUGCUUGAAGUCUGGGGCAUCCACAGCUCUGUACAAAACACUGUGUGCUGAAAUCUGUGCUGUUAUAAUAGCAGUAAAAUUGGGUCUCUCUGGCGAUAUUAGAGGACACCUAAAUGUUUUAAAAACAAACCGCAUGCUUCAAAUAAAGAAAAGGAACAAAACCAUUUUGCUUGACUUAGCUGACCAUGAAUGUAUUUGCUUCUGUUUAGAACUAACUAGAACCAAAUUUUCUUUUCGCAUGUAUUGCAUAAUGAUACCAUGGUGGGAUGGAAAAGAGAUUUGAUUCAAUCCGCUAGCGUAGUGCCUCUAUUUCUGACACUCUUAAAUGCAACCUGUCCCAAGUGAAGCUUCUUAACACCCCUAGUCAAUAGGCAUUACGUGUGAAGUGGUAGGAGUUCCAUAAUUACUCAUUCGUCUCCUGUAGGAGGAGGAAGCAGCCCUGGGGUAAAUGCCAAUGUGGGAACUGGUACACACGCUGCCGCUGAUCAGCCUGUUGAAAGUACAUUGUUGUGUUGUUUCCUUUCUGUAGGCGCUUGCUCAAGUAAGUGUCUAAACCUCUCACGUGAAAGGCAGUUGAUGCUAGAGCUUGUUUUGCUAUUCCACAUCAUUUUGUUUUACGCUACCGACGACCCUGCAUUAGGUAGAGGUACCAAGUGGGGCUCGGGUUUGUCAUUGCCUGUGUAUAUCUUAUAAAAGCCCACCCCCGUGUUUUUCUUAUAGGGUUAAUAAUUUUCGUGUCAGCAGGUUGAAAAGAGCUAUGUAGUAACUGUUAGUCGCCCUGGAUAAGUGUGUCUGCUAAGAAAUAAAUAAUAAUAGUAAUAAUAAUAAUAAUAAUAAUAAUAAUAAUAAUAAU